AUGGGUCACAAUGUGCCACAACUGAACGACAAGUCGCUGCUAAAAUCGCAGACGUAUGUGAACGGAGAAUGGAUAAACGCAAAGUCAGGGAAGACCUUCGAGGUCACAGAUCCCUCGAGCGGCGAAGUCAUCGGGACGAUGCCUGAGAUGGACAAAUCCGAUACCGAAGCCGCAAUUGCAGCAGCUGCAGCAGCCCUCCCUUCCUUCCGCAAAACGACUGGACGCGAACGCGCGAAGAUGCUGCGGAAGUGGUACCAAUUGAUGGUGGACAAUGCGGAUGAUCUGGCGAAGCUUAUUACAUGGGAGAAUGGCAAGCCGUUUGCAGAUGCGAAGGGAGAGGUGACUUAUGCCGCCAAUUUCUUCGAGUGGUUCUCGGAAGAAGCACCGAGAGUGUAUGGAGACACGAUACCCGCGAGCAUACCCGGAAACCGCGUUUUCACAAUCAAGGAGCCAGUCGGCGUAUGUGGGCUGAUCACACCAUGGAACUUCCCCGCUGCAAUGAUAACCCGCAAAAUCGGCCCAGCCCUCGCUGCCGGCUGCACCAUUGUCGCCAAAUCCCCCGGCGAGACGCCCCUCACAGCCGCCGCACUGGCUGAGCUGGGCCACCGCGCCGGUAUCCCCAAAGGCGUGAUCAACUUUGUGACCGCCCUCGCCAACACCCCCGAAGUCGGCGCCGCCAUCACAGCCUCCGAAACUGUCCGCAAGGUCUCCUUCACCGGCUCCACAGGCGUCGGCAAGCUCCUCAUGAAACAGUCCGCCGACACCCUCAAGAAGCUCUCCUUCGAGCUCGGCGGCAACGCGCCCUUCAUCGUCUUCGAGGACGCAGAUCUCGAGGUCGCGGUCAACGGCGCUGUCGCCUCGAAGUUCCGCUCCAGUGGCCAAACAUGCGUCUGCGCAAACCGCAUCUAUGUGCAAGCCGGCAUCUACGACUCCUUCGCGACCAAGCUGGCGGAGAAGGUGAAGAGCUUCAAGGUCGGCGGCGGGUACGGAGAGGGCAUCACCCACGGCCCUCUAAUCCACGAGCGCGCAGUCGGCAAGGUCGAGCAGCACGUCCAGGAUGCCGUCAGCCACGGCGGAAAGGUGCUCGUCGGCGGGCAAAAGAUUCCCGAGCUCGGCCCCAACUUCUUCCAGCCAACGGUCAUCCGCGACAUGACGUCUGACAUGAAGCUCGCGUCUGAGGAGACGUUUGGGCCUGUAGCUGGGCUGUUCAAGUUCGAGACUGAGGCGGAUGUGGUUAGGCUUGCCAACGAGGCGGAUGUUGGGCUUGCGGGGUACUUCUUCAGCAAGGAUGUUCAGAGGGUUUAUCGCGUUGCUGAGGCGUUGGAGGUUGGGAUGGUGGGCGUGAAUACGGGGUUGAUCUCGGAUCCGGCGUCGCCGUUUGGAGGCGUGAAGUUCUCUGGGUUCGGACGCGAGGGGAGUAGGGUUGGAAUUGAGGAGUAUAUGAUUACGAAGAUGGUGACGUUGGGGGGUAUGGGAGAGCCUCUACAAGGCUGA